AUGGAAACUGGUCAGAAUGUCUUCCAUAACCCAAUGGGCACAUCCAGUGCAAGACCCGUGCCUCCUUCAAUGGCUACUGGUCAGAAUUUCUUCCAUAACCCAAUGGGCAUACCCGGUGCAAGACCUGGGCAUCCUUCAAUGGCAAGUGGCCAGAAUGUCUUCCGUGCCCCUAUGAACACACCGUUUGCAAGACCUCCGGCUAGCAUCCCUAACAUCCCGCCAACCUCCAUGCCGCCUCUUCCACCAGGGCACAUUAAUUCAUGUACUGAAUGCACGUGGUGUGGCACCCGUUACGAAUGUCCAAGACUGUACCUGAACAGAAUUCUUAUCUGCCGCAAAUGCCAGAAGUCCUAUUGGGCAUCACCCGUGGCAAGUGCUCCUGAACAAACAUCUUUUGUACCCUUUGGCCAAUCAAGUGCAUCUGGAACGAGAUACUUUACAACUCCACAAAUGGAGAAAGCUUUUCAUUCUGGGGGGCUUGCCUCAAGAAGAUGGCCAAAUAUUCAUCAGAACCCCUUUAACUCUGAAGGGGGUACUGGUAAUGGUGUGUCAAUGACACCUUCUGCUGCUACUCAAGCCACUGCAGAAAGUUUUAAGACAGGAUGUGCAGGAGCAGAUGUAAAUACUUCAAGCAAUAGCAAUGCCAGUUAUACUUCUGAAAUACAAGGUGGGCCAAUGAAAAAGAGACGCAUGGAAGGACAAACGUCGAAUAGUGAGAAAAAAGGAAGGAUUAGUCAAACGGCUGCAAAAAGUGGCAGCCAGGCAAAUGUUCAGAAGGUUUUUGUAGGAGCACGGAGGGUAGCAGAUCGUUCAAGGGAAUUCUCUCAGGCACAAAUACGUAAUAUGUUGAUGAAGAAGGCUGUGCUGGAAAUCCGAAAGAAAGUAAAUGAAUGGAAAUUGAGCGAUGCAGUAAACGCUUCACUCAAAGAGGACAAGAACAUGAAGAAGCCUACAGCUACAGCAAGUGUUGUACAGGAUUCUGUAAAAGAUUGUAUGAAACGAAACAAUGUGGAUGGUGUACCUAAGCAUUCUGGUAACUUAACCCAGAAUAAGAAGAUUUCUGUCUCUGCAGAACCAACAGAUGAAGACUCAAAAGCUAUUGCGGUCCAGUCAAUGAGUGUUCCUGAUUCAGAUUUUCAUGAUUUUGACAAGGAUAGAAUUGAAUCUUCAUUUGCUGAGAAUCAAGUUUGGGCUGCAUACGAUAACGAUGAUGGCAUGCCCCGAUAUUAUGCUAUGAUCAGGAAGGUUAUAUCUAAAAGUCCGUUUAAAACAAGUAUCAGUUGGUUGAACUCCAAGAGCAACAGUGAACUUGGACCAAUGAAAUGGAUUCUCUCUGGAUUUCCCAAGACCAGCGGUGAUUUCUGGAUAGGCAAGUCUGUAGUCUGUUCAUCGCUCAAUACAUUCUCUCACAAGGUCAAGUGGACAAAAGGUUUGCGAGGAGUUAUUCAAAUCUUUCCCAGUAAGGGGGAUGUCUGGGCUCUGUACCGGAACUGGUCUCCAGAAUGGAACACAUUCACUCCAGACGAUGAGAUACACAGCUACGAAAUGGUGCUAGUCCUUGAGGACUUCAGUGAGAACCAAGAUGCUAAAGUCGUUCCUUUAAUCAAAGUACCCGGCUACAGAUCAGUGUUUAAGCAGCAUCCAGACCCCAAUGCAACCCGCACAAUUCCAAAAGUAGAGAUCUUCAGAUUUUCUCAUCAAGUGCUUUCAUAUGUGCUAACAGGUGAAGAAGCUCCAAACGCUCCCACGGGGUUUCUGGAGUUGGACCCUGCAGCCUUGCCUCCAGAUCUUCUCCAAGUAAUAACCGAGCCCAAGGAGGCCGAGGAAGAUGGAAGUACCAAGAAGCUCCCGGCACAAGAUAUGUCAGGUGGUGAAGCGAAACCACAAGAGGCUGACACAAGAAACGAUAGCAAGGAGAAAGAGCCCAACACCAUUGCCAGCCGGCCUCUUCUCCAAGUAAUAACUGAGCCCAAGGAGGUAGAGGAAGAUGGAAGUACCAAGAACCUCCCAGCACAAGAUCAUAUGUCAGGUGGUGAAGUGAAACCACAAGAGGCUGAUACAAAAAACGAUAGCAAGGAGAACGAGCCCAACCCCGUUGCCAGCCGGCCUCUUCUGACAUACUCAAAACGACCAAAGGGAUAUAAACCAAUACCUAAACCCAGUGCAUAA